AAUAAUUUUUCGUAACUGGGUCUGGCUGCAUCUGUAUCUGUAUCUGUGACCAAGUUUGGCAUUUUGUUUUGGCCCUUGUGUGUUUGGGAUUUCUCUUUUUCUCUCUUUUUAUUCAUUUAUUUUUUUCUUUUUACCAUUUUGUGUCGUGAGCGUGUGUAUGUGAGUGUGAGCGUGAGCGUGAUUGAGAAAGAAGAUAAUGUGAAGUAGAAUCUAACUAGGGGAGCAAGGAAGAACAGAGCAAGAGAGUAAAAAAAAGAAAAGAAAAAACCAACAACCCAUUCUAUAUGGAAUUUGUGGGGAUCGUCCAAAACUAUUUGAGUAAGUUCCUGCAUUCUCAGAUCUCUAGGAUCUCAGAAUUUCAGGCUUAAGGUUUUGCUUGUUUCUCGAGAAAAUUCUCACCUUUUUGCUCUUUGUCUGAGCUCGUAUGGUGCCCAUUUGACAUGGUUUGAUUCGAAUUCUCUGUUUUCCCAGCUCGGUUCGCUUUGGAAUAGUGGUUUUGGCAUCUGGGUAUCUCUCGUUUUUUGAAAUUUACCAACAAGUGGAUGGCUUCAGUUGUUUGAAGGAAAAGAGAGAGAGAAAAGAGAGUCAGAAGUAAAGCCAAAACGGAGUUCUUGCUUUUUUUGCCAAAGUUGGGCUCUGCUUUUUCUGGGAUUUUUUAUUUGGAGGCUAAUUUUUUUGGCUUUGAUAAGGCAAUGUGGAGGUCUGAUUUUAUGUGAGUAUGGACAGUGUGGUUUUUGGUUAUGGUGGUUUUCAUCUGUGGGUACUGGUUGUUGCUAAAAGAAAAUAAAGUUACUUAACAGAGAAAAGGAGAUGGAGAAAAGUAGUUUCGUUUUGUGGAAAGUGGGGAUACUGAUUUUGGCAUUGGUUGAAGCCUCUUCUGCGACUCUUUCUCCAACUGGUAUAAACUAUGAAGUUGUAGCUUUGGUGGCGAUAAAGAACAAUCUUUAUGACCCUCAUAAUGUUCUGGAGAGCUGGGAUAUCAAUUCUGUGGACCCUUGUAGCUGGAGAAUGGUUACUUGCUCCCCAGAUGGCUAUGUGUCUGCUUUGGGACUGCCUAGUCAGAGCUUGUCCGGUACUCUAUCUCCUUCCAUUGGAAAUCUCACCAAUUUGCAAUCAGUUUUGCUUCAAAACAAUGCCAUUUCGGGUUCAAUUCCUGCUUCAGUUGGAAAACUAGAGAAGCUUCAGACACUUGACCUUUCCAACAAUACUCUCACUGGUGGAAUACCUGAUUCUUUGGGGAACUUAAAAAACUUGAAUUAUUUGCGGUUGAAUAACAACAGCCUUACAGGGCCUUGCCCUGAGUCUCUAUCUGCUGUUAACGGGCUUACCCUUGUGGACCUUUCUUUCAACAAUUUGAGUGGUUCAUUGCCAAAGAUAUCUGCAAGAACCUUCAAGAUUGAAGGUAACCCUUUACUUUGUGGUCCAAAGACUGGGGGGAACUGUUCUGCUGGCUUUCCGGAACCAUUAUCCUUCCCGCCAGAUGCUUUAGGAGCUCAAUCAGGUUCUGUGAUGAAACGCCACCGAGCGGCUAUUAUAGCUGGUGCAAGUUUUAGUGCGGCAUUUAUCAUCAUGCUAUUAUUAGCGUUGAUUGUAUGGUGGCGAUAUAGAAUCAACCAGCAGGUUUUCUUCGAUGUUAAUGAACAAUAUGAUCCAGAAGUGUGUUUGGGCCAUUUAAGAAGGUAUACAUUUAAGGAGCUACGGGGAGCAACUGACCAUUUCAACUCGAAGAAUAUUCUAGGAAGAGGUGGUUUUGGAAUUGUGUACAAGGGAAUCUUGAAUGACGGGACUCUGGUAGCAGUUAAAAGGCUAAAAGACUAUAACACUGCUGGUGGUGAAAUCCAAUUUCAGACAGAAGUUGAGAUGAUAAGUUUGGCUGUACAUCGAAAUCUUCUCAGGCUUUGUGGAUUCUGCUCAACUGAAAAUGAACGGCUCCUUGUUUACCCUUAUAUGUCUAAUGGAAGUGUUGCCUCAAGAUUAAGAGAUCACAUACAUGGCCGGCCAGCUCUAGACUGGGCGAGGCGUAAGAGAAUAGCUUUAGGUACAGCAAGAGGGCUAGUUUAUUUGCAUGAGCAAUGUGAUCCCAAAAUUAUCCACCGUGAUGUCAAAGCAGCAAACAUUUUGCUCGAUGAAGACUACGAAGCAGUUGUUGGAGAUUUUGGGUUGGCAAAGCUUUUGGAUCAUAGAGAUUCUCAUGUAACCACAGCUGUGCGUGGCACUGUCGGGCAUAUAGCUCCUGAGUAUCUCUCAACGGGUCAGUCAUCAGAGAAGACUGAUGUUUUUGGCUUUGGGAUUUUACUUCUGGAGCUAAUCACUGGUCAAAAGGCCUUAGAUUUUGGACGACAAGCAAAACAGAAAGGCGUAAUGCUUGAUUGGGUAAAGAAACUGCAUCUAGAAGGAAAAUUAAACCUGAUGGUGGACAAGGAUCUUAAAGGGAACUAUGAUAGGAUUGAGUUGGAAGAAAUGGUUCAAGUUGCGCUGUUAUGCACUCAGUUCAAUCCUUCUUACCGGCCGAAGAUGUCUGAGGUUUUGAAGAUGUUGGAAGGAGAUGGUUUGGCCGAGAAAUGGGAGGCCUCUCAGAAGGUUGAGACGCCUAGAAUCCGAUUAUGCGAACACCCACCACAGAGAUACUCAGAUUUUAUAGAAGAAUCUUCACUUGUGGUGGAAGCAAUGGAGCUCUCUGGUCCUAGGUGACCAAACCAAACCACCUUAUCCUCUUUUCAUGUAUACCACUUCUACCUCCCAAAUGGUUGAGUCACCCAGCUUUGAAACCAAACUGCAAACUGCAAAAUGUAUGUGAUUGUUGUUGAUAGCUUUCUUGAUAGCACACACAUGUGCAUCUGUAAAAAAGAAGAAAAAAAACGAAAGAUAAAAGGGAAAAGUCAUAUGUAUUAAGCUGCUUUUGUUAAAAUCAAUUGAGUUUAUUCAAGAGUGACAAAGGCCAGAAAUUUUUUUUGGAGAGGUUAGAAGUUUGUAUGUAGCUACUACUACUUACGUUGUUUUAUGGUUCGAUUGUGUCUGAUUAAUUUGAUUGUACUACCAAAGUUGUCCACUUGCAAAA